ACUAACCGCCGCCGGAGAUUGUGAAAAGGGAGGUGUGUGCUGGGCGGGUGGGGGGAACUGAAAUUGACAAGCAAGCAACCGCCUCCCCCCCCCACUCCCAACCCCUCCCUCGCUGGAGGGAACGCGCUUUUCUCCUGGAUUUGUGGAUGUACCGAUGAGAGAUCCAGCGUUCCCGGGGGCUGCCAUGGCUUACCACCCGUUCCACGCGCCCAGACCGUCAGAUUUCCCCAUGUCGGCUUUCCUGGCCGCCGCUCAGCCCUCUUUCUUCCCGGCUUUGGCUCUACCUCCGGCCGCUCUGACAAAACCUUUGACGGAUCCUAGCCUGGCCGGGGCCGCGGAAGCCGGGCUGCAUGUCUCGGCUUUGGGACACCACCACCAAGCCGCCCACCUGAGGUCGCUCAAAAGCUUGGAGCCCGAAGAAGAGGUGGAGGACGACCCCAAGGUGACCCUCGAAGCCAAGGAACUGUGGGAUCAGUUUCACAAGCUGGGGACCGAGAUGGUGAUCACCAAAUCGGGAAGGCGAAUGUUCCCCCCUUUCAAAGUGCGCGUGAGCGGCCUGGAUAAAAAAGCCAAAUACAUUUUAUUGAUGGAUAUCGUGGCGGCGGACGACUGUCGCUAUAAGUUCCACAAUUCGCGCUGGAUGGUGGCGGGCAAGGCCGACCCGGAGAUGCCCAAGCGCAUGUACAUCCACCCGGACAGCCCGGCCACGGGCGAGCAAUGGAUGGCCAAACCCGUCGCUUUCCACAAGCUCAAACUGACCAACAACAUCUCGGACAAGCACGGCUUCACGAUCCUCAAUUCGAUGCACAAAUACCAGCCUCGGUUCCACAUAGUCCGGGCCAAUGACAUUCUUAAGUUGCCGUACAGCACCUUCCGGACGUACGUCUUUCCCGAGACCGAUUUCAUAGCCGUGACCGCCUACCAGAACGACAAGAUCACCCAGUUGAAGAUUGACAACAAUCCCUUCGCCAAAGGAUUCCGGGACACCGGCAACGGGAGGCGAGAAAAAAGGAAACAGCUCACGCUGCCCUCCCUGCGGAUGUACGAGGACCAGUGCAAGGCCGACCGAGACGGAGGGGAAUCCGACGCUUCUUCGUGCGAGCCGGCCCCGGUGCGCGACCCUCUCCACUCGCCUCUGAGCACGGCCCCCAGCCCGCUGCGCCUGCACCGCAACAGCAGAGAAGACAAAGGCAGCGAUCAGGAGUCGGACAAACUCCCCGAAGGAAAGAGACCCAGUCCCGACCUGGAAAACCGCAGCCCGCGCAGCAGCAGCAGCCCUCGCCUGCUGGGGGAGGAGAGGAGUCGAGGGGGCAAAGCCAGCGAGAUCUCUUUGCCCAAAGAAGGCCCGGGCGAAGGGACCCUGCGGAGCCCUCUGGGCCUGGAGAAAGACAAAGUGGAGGGGCGAAGGAAAGAGCCGCCGCCCCCCCUACAGGAAGGCUCCAAGAAAGAGGCCCACGGGGACUGUGCUCCCCUGGGGGGCAGCAAGGAGUCCUUUGCCCCCCUGAUGGUUCAGACGGACAGUCCGCCGCACCUGAGCGCCGGGCACCUGCAGAGCCUGGCUCUCUCGGGCCUCCACGGGCAACAGUUCUUCAACCCCCUCAGUGCCGGGCAGCCCUUCUUCAUCCACCCGGGACAAUUCGCCAUGGCCCCGGGGGCCUUCUCCGCCAUGGGCAUGGGACACUUGUUGGCAUCUGUGGCAGGCGGAGGGAGCUUGGAGAACGGAGGCUUGGCUGCCGCGCAAGGGGCGGCUGGCACGGCGACCCCCUUCCCCUUCCACCUCUCCCAGCACAUGUUGGCUUCUCAGGGAAUCCCGGUGCCUACCUUCGGUGGACUUUUUCCUUACCCGUACACCUAUAUGGCGGCGGCUGCUGCGGCUGCCUCUGCCAUUCCGGCUAGCAGUGCGGCUACGGCCAGCUCACUAUCCCGGAACCCCUUUCUGAGCAAUGCCCGCCCUCGUCUGCGUUUCAGCCCCUAUCAGAUCCCGGUUGCCAUCCCACCCAGCACCAACCUCUUAACCACUGGUCUGCCUACAAGCUUGAAUGCCGGCUCGGAAGGGUCCAAGCCCGGAAGCAGUAGGGAAUCUAGUCCCCUCUCGGAUUUGCCCGUGCACAAGCCCAGCAGCCAACGGGCCUCUCUGUCCCCCAAAGGGUCCCUGAAAGAUUCCAUCAACGAGCUACAGAAUAUCCAGAGACUGGUCAGUGGUUUAGAAACCCAGAGGGAGGUCUCUCCAGGAAGGGAAUCCCCUAAGUGACCCCCUCCAGAGGCCACCUGCUCAAAAGGGCUGAGAUGGAACAGGGGACAGAGGUGUACAGCACAGUAUAAAUAUUUAUUUUAAACAAAGGAGGUGGGGGAAUUGAUACUGUAAGGGGGGGGGAGGAGAAUGAAGGACAAUCAGAUGUAAGCCCUACGGAGUCAGCCAGAUGGAUCGAUAGCCGUAGGAGGUACAGAGCAGUCCAACGUAUCAUGAGGCAGUAGUAGUAUGGGAGAACAUUGGGCUACCGCUGUGUUCUGGAGAUGGUCUCUCCAUGAACUUCCCAAAACACAUGUCUCCUGGCUCUGGUUCUGGCGGAAGACACAGAGACUGCCCUUCUCUUCUAACUUGUCAGCCUGAAAGAUACAUCUUGAAUGGCCGAACACGGAUUUCAAGUCCACAGUGUAAAUAACCAGCUUCUGGACAUGUGGCUGACCUAGAAGAUCAUCACGGCAGAAGAUGGUCCACAUAAUCUAAUUCUAAGGGUUUAAACAAAUAAUAAAGCAACACUGUCGGAGAGGCGCUUUGCUAUUUUCUAUGUCAACUGACGGAUUUUCUGAAACUAGGAUUUUGUUGACAUUGUCUAAAACAAGGACAGUUGAAAGGGGACUGCUGCAAAUUCUGGCUGUGGGACAGCAGAAGACGACAGCAAAAUCUGUAGAGAUGAUGUCCACUUACCCACCAGUCUUGGAAGGCCAUCAAAAAAAAUAUUCAGAACUGGUAUAAUGAGUGUAAUGACCCCCCUUUUUCAUUUAGGACUCUUUCUGUGUACCAGAAAAGUCUGGGUUUUUUUAAAAAGAAAUACACACAUAAUAUUUAUGGAAUAAAUGGUAAUUUUGUGUAAAUAAGCUAUACAAAUCCCCAAAUAUGCAAAAUUUGGUAUUAAUUUAUUCAGAGUUGUACAUUGGAAUGUACAUAAUUAGAGUUUAACUCCUCACAUUUAAUUGUUCUCUCUUUUUCUUAUGUGAACAUACAUAUUGUAAAUGAAGACCUAUUUAGCUCUUUGUGAAUGGGAAAAGAUAUUGGGUUUCUUUUAUGUCUGAAGAUAAAAGAUUGUUUACCCCGCCUGUCUGAAGAUUAUCACGUGCCAUUGAUGAUAUUUUUAGAUCAUGAGGAAAAGGAAGAAGUUGGAAUAAUCUUAAGGGAUUUCUAUGAGGACUAUCGUCCCCCCCUCCCUCCUUCCCAUAUAUCAAAAUCAGAAUUUAACAUUGAAUGCAAAUCUCUUUUACAGUGCGGGGUAUACAAAAAUUGCAGGAAUUAAACCUCAGGAUUUUAUUUUUCACUCCAGAACAACAAGAAAAGAAAAGAAAGUCCCCAACCCUUAAAACUAUACUAAGAUUUAAAAUAUCACAUGGAUGGUGUGCUAUAUACUUGUUUUAAUUUUUUUUAAAUGACUAGAAAUGUGCUGGUUAUUCGGGUAUCUGUUCAAUUUUUUUUUGAUGAGUUCUCACAACUUUCAAUAAAAAAAUAUUCAAAGAAAA